CACAGUACAUAUAAUAAUGAUAUUUGGAGGGAAGGCGGAGAAGAAGAGAUGACAUCCCUGCAGUUCUUCCCUCCUACUUCUUCUCUCAUAAACCCUUACCUCGAUUCCACUCAAUUCCUCCCUUCCCCUAAAACCCCUAACUUCGCUUUCGCCGGAUUCGCUCCUGUAACAAGAAAUCGAUAUCUUAAGCAGACCCAACUUGAUUCUUUCUUGAAAACCUCUAUUUCUAUAGGGUUUAAGCGCUUUUAUCCAGAAACCCGCUCGAAGAGUCUCAGAUGCAAUGGAAUUAAAGAGUCUAGUGACGAGGCCACAAAACCAGUUUUGGACUUGGAGAGCGGCGGUGGCGGCGGCGGCGAUGGGAGCGGGGAUGGAGAAGGUGGCGACGAUGAUAGUCAGGCUGAAAGUAAGAGUGGGUUGUUACCCGAAUGGCUGAAUUUGACAUCAGACGAUGCAAAAACUGUUAUUGCAGCAUUUGCUGUCUCCCUUGCUUUCCGGUCUUUCAUUGCCGAGCCUCGAUACAUUCCGUCCUUGUCCAUGUACCCGACGUUCAACGUCGGAGACCGAAUUGUUGCCGAAAAGGUAUCCUACUAUUUCAGAAAGCCUUGUGCAAAUGAUGUAGUAAUUUUCAAAAGCCCACCAGUAUUACAGGAAGUUGGUUACACAGAUCAGGAUGUUUUUAUUAAACGAGUUGUUGCCAAGGAAGGCGAUGUUGUGGAGGUUCAUGAUGGAAAACUAUUAGUAAAUGGGGUCAUGAGGAACGAAGAGUUUAUUCUUGAGCCACCUUCAUAUGAGAUGACUCCAAUUCGGAUACCUGAAAAUUUCGUCUUUGUAAUGGGUGACAACCGCAAUAAUAGCUAUGAUUCACAUAUAUGGGGACCUCUUCCCACCAAAAACAUUAUAGGAAGAUCAGUAUUUAGAUAUUGGCCGUUGACAAGGGUUGGAAGCACAGUUCUUGAGCGAGGGUGCGCUGACAAGCAGGAAACUGGUCCUGCACUAAAUCAGAACUCACCUUAGAUACAUACAGAGUGUAGCAGUGGAUUUUCUAGACAAUUGGUGCUGUGUUCUUCAGUUUGGAGGUAGGGACUACUAUUUUUUUGCCUUGUAUAGCUAUGUUAUAAAUUGGGAAGGUGAAAGUUGAAGCAAAGAAGCCAUCUUUUUGAAACAGACUUCUUCCAAGACCUUCCUGUUAUCAUGAUUUGGACAAUCCUUGUAUCUUCAUUGAUGUAUGUCAUUGUUUAAGCAAAGGCUUCUAUUUAUUCCUAGA